AUGCAAGAACAAAUUCAGGAUAAAGCGGGUGAGCAACUUCAACGAUUGAAUUGGGAGCGUCUGAAGAAAAAGAUCCACGGUCUCGUCAAUAAAGUCAACGCCAGCAAUCUUGUCGGAAUUGUGCGAGAGCUUCUUCCAGAAAACAUUAUCCGUGGAAAGGGUUUGCUGACUGGAUCGAUAAUUCAAGCACAAGCUCACGAGCUGCUUGCUCUUGAGAUCAUGCUUUUGAUGCUUAAAACACCAACGGAAGAUUCAGUGGAAGGGUGUAUUGCUUUUCUGGAAGAAUGUGGCGCGAAACUGACAGAGAUUGCCCCGCGUGCCUUGGACAAUGUUUUCUCAAGACUUCGAAACAUUCUGGCUGAGGCGCAAUUGGAUUCACGUAUUCGUUAUAUGAUUGAAACUGCAAUGGCAAUUCGGAGAGAUAAAUUUGCGACUACCCAGCUU